AUGAUGAAAAAUUCAGUGGAGGAGACGUCGGAGUCUAUCCGCCGGCAUGACGUGUGCGAUAGGUUUAAGGAUAAGUCGCCGUCGCUUCCCUCUCGACCAACUUCUAAAGCACAAAUGUUGGCGAUUCCUCAAUCGAUUUCAGCGAAAUUCUGUAACGCAAUUGGCGACCAGAGCGGCUGUGUUAUCACUACAAUCGAGACGAAAGAGGAUGUUGAUAAAGUGAGUGUAGAGAGGAACUCAGAAGAACACAUAGAAACCGAAUGUCUCAAUAACGUUGAUCAUUUCAUUAAGAAUAAACUUCGUGUUUGGUGCCGAGUUGCUAAUGGAGGAGAGUGGGACUUGGGGAAGUUAGAGUCUGUCUCUGGUGAUGCGGCUUGUGUUAUGUUGUCUAGUACUGAGGUUGUGAAAGUAUCAAUGGAAGAGAUUUUCCCUGCAAACCCAAAUAUUCUCGACGGAGUUGAAGACCUUAUACAGAUUACUUAUUUGAAUGAACCAUCUGUUCUUUACAACCUCCGGGUCAGAUAUUCAAAAGACUUGAUUUAUAGUAAAGCAGGGCCAGUUUUGAUUGCAGUAAAUCCGUUUAAGAAUGUCCAGAUUUAUGGAAACCAAAUUCUAUUAGCAUAUCAGAACAAGGCUUUGGAUUCUCCUCAUGUUUAUACAGUGGCAGAUGCAGCUUAUGAUGAGAUGAUGAGAGAGGAGAAGAACCAAUCUAUUAUCAUAAGUGGAGAAAGUGGAGCUGGGAAAACUGAGACAGCAAAAUAUGCAAUGCAGUACUUGGAAGCUCUUGGCGGAGGUAGCUUUGGGGUCGAAAAUGAAAUCCUAAAGACAAAUUGUAUACUUGAAGCUUUUGGGAAUGCUAAAACAUCAAGAAAUGAUAACUCUAGCCGAUUUGGAAAGCUAAUGGAGAUUCAUUUUAGUGCAAAGGGAAAGAUAUGCGGAGCUAAACUUGAAACUUUCUCUUUCGAUCAGUCAAGAGUAGUUCAACUGUCCAGUGGCGAGAGAUCCUACCAUAUCUUUUAUGAAUUGUGUGCAGGGGCUUCACCAAUUCUUAAAGAGAGAUUGAGGCUUAAAGUAGCAAGUGAAUACAAGUAUUUGAACCAGAGCAAUUGCUUAACCAUUGACCGCAUUGAUGAUGCUCAGAAGUUUCACAAACUGAUGGAAGCUUUCAACAUUGUUCAAAUUCCUCAAGAAUAUCAAGAACGUGCAUUUGCUCUGCUUGCAGCUGUGUUAUGGUUAGGGAAUGUAUCUUUUGAAGUGAUUGAUAAUGAAAACCAUGUGGAAGUGGUAGCUGAUGAAGCUGUCACUAAUGUAGCUAUGUUAAUGGGCUGCAACUCAAAGGACCUUAUGGUGGUUUUGUCUACAUGCAAGCUCCAAGCUGGUAGAGAUUGCAUUGCUAAAAGGCUGACACUACGACAGGCGACUGAUAUGAGAGAUUCCCUAGCAAAAAUCAUCUAUGCGAGCCUUUUUAACUGGCUUGUUGAGCAAAUAAAUACUUCACUGGAAGUUGGUAGAUCACGUACAGGAAGAUCUAUUAGUAUCCUUGAUAUAUAUGGGUUUGAGUCAUUUAAGAAUAAUAGCUUUGAACAAUUCUGCAUAAACUAUGCAAAUGAAAGACUGCAGCAACAUUUCAACCGACAUCUAUUUAAACUUGAACAAGAGGAAUAUGAAGGGGAUGGAAUUGAUUGGACUAAGGUCGAAUUCAAAGACAAUCAAGAGUGUCUAAAUCUGAUUGAGAAGAAACCCAUUGGUGUGGUAUCGUUACUAGAUGAGGAAUCAAAUUUUCCAAAGGCAACUGAUACGACAUUUGCCAACAAGCUCAAGCAGCAUUUGAAGAGUAACUCUUGUUUCAAGGGAGAGAGAGGUCGGGGUUUCAGAGUUAGUCAUUAUGCUGGAGAGGUUCUCUAUGAUACAAAGGGAUUCCUGGAAAAGAACAGAGAUCCGCUGCAUAUUGAUCUUAUCCAGUUUCUGUCAUCAUGCAAAUGUCAAUUACUGAACAUGUUCUCUACUAAGAUGUGUCACAAGUCUCUAAAGCCGGCAACCAUUUCGGACUCCAUGAAUCAAAGUGUGAUUACAAAGUUUAAGGGCCAACUUUUCAAGUUGAUGAGCAAGUUAGAAGACACAACUCCUCACUUUAUUCGAUGCAUAAAGCCAAAUUCAAAGCAGCUUCCUGGACUUUACGAAGAGAAUCAUGUUCUACAACAGCUUAGAUGUUGUGGCGUUUUGGAGAUUGUUAGAAUAUCAAGAUCCGGAUAUCCUACUCGGAUGACACAUCAAGAGCUUGCACUAAGAUAUGGGUUCCUACUGCUGGACACAGAAAUCUCUCAGGAUCCACUUAGCACAUCAAAUGCAAUUAUGAAGCAAUACAAUCUUCCUCCUGAAAUGUAUCAAGUUGGUUAUACGAAAAUAUACCUCCGAACUGGACAAAUUGGCGUCCUUGAGGAAAGAAGAAAAUAUGUUAUGCGUGGCAUACUUGGAUUACAGAAGAAAUUUCGUGGUUAUCUGUCCCGUCAAUAUUUCCACAAUAUGAGAAAUGCAGCAGUGAUACUUCAAUCAUAUAUUCGGGGUGUAAAUGACAGGAGAAACUACAUUGUGGUGGAGAAAGAGGCUAUUGUUUCCUCAGCAAUAACUGAAGAUCUUGAUGCAAUCAUACACCUUCAAUCUAUGGUACGCGGAUGGUUGGUUCGUAAACACUUAAAAAAUAGAAUGCAACAGAAGAAACAACCACAGAAUGAGAAGAAGAAAUCGAGAAGAAAGUUUAGGAGGAGAAUUUUAGAAGAUAAGGACAUUCUUUUAGAGCAGUUUCAGGUCCAACCUUUGGUUCUUGCUGAUCUUCAGAGCCGGGUUCUAAAAGUCGAAGCUGCUAUUAUGCAGAAGGAAAAUGAAAACACUAAUUUGCAGGAAGAGUUGCAACGAUUUGAGGUACGAUGGUUAGAGCACGAAGCAAGAAUGAAGUUAAUGGAGGAAACAUUGCAAAAGCAUAUGUCGUCAAUGCAGAUGAGUCUUGCAGCUGCGUGUAAGAUCAUGGUUCCAGACAAGACUGCAAGUGAUGGUAAUGACUCAGAGGAGACAAUGUCCCAUGGAACUACCACAGAAGAGCUUAAUGGCAGCUUGAAUGCUGUUAAGAAUCUUUCUGUUGAAUUUGAACAACGGAGAGUCGUAUUUGAUGAGGAUGUGAAGUGUCAUGUGGAUGUGAAAUUGGAACCAGACUCGGUUUCAAUCAGGAAGCAGCACGCAGGAGAAGAACUCAGUAGACUGAAGUUAAGAUUUGAAAAGUGGAAGAAAGAUUACAAAGCAAGACUAAGAGGGACAAAGGCAAGACUUCGGUUAAAUGGUGAUAAAGAUGGUCGUCACAGGAAAUGGUGGUGCAAGAAAAGCAGUUGA